AUGAUGGAAGCAGUAUCGUUUGAAGGGGACAACGACAUGUCCUAUGAGGACAAUGAGUCACCUCUACCAUCUCCAUUCACUUUGACGCCUGCGGGACACAAAGGCAGCUAUGAGGAAGUGGAGCAGCAUCAGACCUUCACCUUCUCUAGAGACUUAGAGGCUGCCCGAAAUACCAACACCAAUGCCAUCAAGAGAGGAGAUGCAGAGGCAUACGUUGAGUUAAAUGAGCUUCGUGGGGAGGUGUGGCAGGGACGCGUCCUGGGAAAAUGGCACGUAUGGUCACCCUACUUUAGACACUUAAAAUAAAGUCUUCUUCCACAGUUGUUAUUCAAAAGCCUCAUUCAACUCCGCAAGGUCAUGAGCACAGGUGCGGUGCUGCUAGAUGUUGAUGAGAGCAGCUUAUCGAGCAUUUGUCAGAAGAUGGUGGAACAGCUUCUGCUCAAAAAAGAGAUCCGGCCCACUGACCGUGACGCUCUUGUAGCUAUACUGCAACACAAGCGCAGUCAAUUAGAGCCCACUUCAGCCCCUGGUUCAGCAGACAUAGAGCUGCAAACAUUCUCAAUCACCAAACAGCGAAACAUGGUUGAUCGUGUGGAGGCCUCUGUGGUUUUAUCAGGUGUGGUGGAGAACCUCCAGAAACCAGUGGUAGCGUUUGCACGUCUACGGGAUUCAGUGGUGAUGGAAGGGGUUCUGGAAGCUCCAAUUCCAGUCCGUUUUGUCUUCUUCCUCGUGGGCCCCAGUUACAGUGGCAUGGACUAUCAUGAGAGUGGCCGGGCCAUGGCGUCGCUGAUGGCUGACUGGGUUUUCACUCUGGAGGCUUACUUAGCUACAAACGAGAAGGAUCUGACCAAUGCCAUGGCAGACUUCAUGGACUGCAGCAUUGUGAUCCCACCCACAGAAAUCCAGGAUGAGAGCAUGCUGAAGCCAAUCAUUAACUUUCAGAAGAAGAUGCUACGUGAGAGAGUCCGCCCAUAUGACACCCGGCUCAUGGUUGGGGGCAAAGCCCCAACUGGACCUGAGAAGCCACGGGACGAUCCACUGGCCCGCACCGGCUAUCUGUUUGGCGGUAUGGUCAAAGACAUAAAACGCCGCUACAAGCAUUACCUUAGUGACUUUACCGAUGCACUUGACCCUCAGGUGCUGUCUGCUGUCAUCUUCAUCUACUUCGCUGCCCUUUCUCCUGCCAUUACAUUCGGAGGACUUCUUGCUGACAAAACAGAGCACAUGAUGGGGGUCUCUGAGCUGAUGGUCUCUACCUGCGUGCAGGGCAUCAUCUUUUGUCUGUUUGCAGCUCAACCAGUACUUAUCAUUGGGUUUACCGGUCCAUUGAUGGUGUUUGAGGAGGCAUUCUUUCAGUUCUGCAAGUCAAAUGGCUUUGAGUACAUCGUGGGCCGUGUCUGGGUGGGCAUGUGGUUGAUCGUCAUUGUGGUGGUGAUUGUGGCAGCGGAGGGGAGCUUCCUUGUCCAUUUCAUCUCACGCUUCACCCAAGAGAUCUUCUCCAUCUUGAUCUCUCUCAUUUUCAUCUAUGAGACCUUUGCCAAGCUUAUCAGGAUUUUCAAAGCGCAUCCUUUGGUUUUGAACUACCAACACUUGAAUGCUUCUUUGGAAGACCCUUUCCACCCUAUCAAAAAGCUUAUCAACAUCACAGAGAAUCCUGAUGGCAAUAUUACUGAACAUCAUGAGAUAAUAGAGAGGGCCUAUCCCAACACUGCCCUGCUGUCCAUGUGCCUUAUGUUUGGCUGUUUCUUCAUUGCAUUGUAUCUCCGUGGGUUUAAAACUAGCACCUUCCUUCCCGGCCCUAUCCGUCGAAUGAUUGGAGAUUUUGGUGUCCCCAUCGCCAUCUUCUUCAUGAUUGCUGUGGAUAUCAGCAUCAGCGAUGCCUACACACAGAAACUGGUGGUGCCAAAGGGGCUGACCGUGUCCAACACAUCUGCUAGAGGCUGGAUCAUCAGCCCAUUUGGUGAGAAGAAGCCAUUCCCUGUCUGGAUGAUGUUUGCCUGUGCUAUUCCUGCCUUGUUGGUCUUCAUCCUUAUUUUCCUUGAGUCCCAGAUCACUACGCUGAUCGUGAGUAAGCCUGAGAGAAAAAUGGCCAAGGGCUCUGGUUUCCAUCUGGACCUCCUCCUUUUGGUGUUCUUGGGAGGAGCUGCCUCUAUCUUUGGUGCACCAUGGCUCAGUGCUGCUACAGUGAGAUCUGUCACACAUGCCAACGCCCUGACUGUCAUGACCAAAGGCCCCAGACCUCAGAUUGAACGUGUGAUAGAACAAAGAGUCAGUGGUAUUUUGGUGGCCAUGAUGGUUGGGGUCUCAAUUCUCAUGGAGCCCAUCCUGAAGAUGAUACCUAUGACAGCUCUGUUUGGGAUCUUUCUCUAUAUGGGUAUCACUUCACUGAGUGGCAUCCAGCUUUGGGACCGUAUGCUUCUGCUUAUUACACCGAAAAAGCAUCACCCACCUGUUCCAUUUGUCACCAGGGUGCCCACUAUGCGUAUGCACUUGUACACUGUGAUCCAAGUGAUGUGUUUGAUGAUUCUGUGGGCAAUAAAAUCUAGUGCAUUUUCACUUGCUCUGCCCUUUGUCCUGAUCCUCACGAUCCCUCUGAGAAUGUUCAUGACCGGUCACGUCUUCACUAUCAUGGAAAUGAAAUGUCUGGAUGCAGAUGAUGCAAACGUGAAAUUUGAUGAUGAGGAUGACUAAAAUAACCCUAAAAAAACCCUGGACGUCUUUCUUGAUUCCAAGCCACUAUGAAUUCAUCUUACU